UAGGGUUCUUGGAGGGGGCUAUGGCUGCUGGUUCGUCCCCACUGUUUAGUUUCCAGCCAUCCUCCCCGUCCCCAUUCGCAGCUAGCAGCACGCCAUCGCCAUUCGCUCCUCCUGCUGCGUCCUCGUCGCCAUUUGCCAGUGCUCCAUCGCCAUUUGCGUCGACGCCGCCCGCGUCCUCGCCAUUCUCUGUGUCAUCGUCGCCGUUUGGGACAUCGUCGCUCUUCCAGCCGCAACAGACGCAGCCACAGCAGCAGCAGCAGCAGCAGGUUCUUCCGCAAUCCGGGCAGCUCGGCCUCGUCACGAACGAUCGCACGCCAGUGACUUACAGUACCAGAUGGGCGGACAUCCAUCCCGACUCGCAGCGCGCGCUCCUCAAGAUCGAGGAGAAGAUCUUGGAGUACCGGGAUGAGAGCUGGAGGCUGGAUCAAUGCGAGAGAUUGUACGACACCGCUGCGCUAAACAAAGGCUUCGAGCUCGAUGCUACACGCAUCUCCCAGGAGCUCUCGGGUGUUGCCAUCGGAAUCGAACGAGAGCAAAGCUCGCUCCAGGAGCUCAUGAAGUCUGUCAAGGACAUGCUCCGCAACACAGAGGUAGCCGUGCGCUCCUUCAUGAUGCUGUGCCUGCGUUUCCCGCGUCCAUCCGGAGGAGCUCCUGGCGGAGGAACUGGAGCCACGCCCCCGACCUCGUUCGCAGCGCAGGCUCCCGGUGCCGUCUACGUCUCGGACUUCUACAUCGGUGUCCCCGUGAAGCCUUCGCCUUUUUUGCAGCAGGCUGUGGCAAAGUUUGAGGGGCGGCUCGGCGAGUACAGGCAGUGGGUUGAAGAGCUCGAGAGGCUUCUCUUGCGCAACGACAAGGAUGAUAGAGCGGUGUCGGACGUUUCGCUUCUCCAGUCGCUGCCCGCGGUGAUGAGCAACUUGCACGACUUCUUCAUCUAUGUUGCAGCCGAGGUGGAAUCACUACACGAGUUUUUGGAAACGAUACGGCUGACUUUCCUCGCCAACCAGCGGCGGAGGGGUGAUGACAACGAUCCGUUCCUCGAGGCUGACAUGCGAGAGAACGCAAAGCGAGAAGCAGCGGCAAAGAGAGUGCAUCCAAGCGCUCUUAAGCCUUCGGAGCUUGCUGCUUACGCACCCUCGGCGCCUCCAUUGCCAGCAGCGGGAUCAUCGGCUGCCUUCACUCCUACCCCUGGAGGAUUCACUCCUGCGUCGUCGUCUUCACCAUUCCCGUCGAUUCUGGGAAGCGCAUCCACACAAGGCUUUAACUCGACGUCUUCGGUCUCGGGACUAACUCUACAAAUACCAUCUCUUUUCCCUCCUUCGGCUCCGUCGAUUGGAACAACGCCCUCUAUAUUUGGUGUUCCAGGCACCACAGGCUUGUUCGGAUCUGGUGUGGCACCGUCGUCAACAACAGCGAAACCAAAGUCACGAACGUCGAGAAGUCGACGAUAGAAAUCUUAUUUGGGCCGCGGGGGAGAAUGUAAAGUUCUUGUCAGUGUGUACCAUUGUCGAAUUUUUGCUGGAGGUAACUUAAAUUUUUUUUGUGGACUUCACGUGGUUGGCGAGCACUUCAUUCUUUCCAAGAUUUGCAAGCCUCGCGUGUGUUUCAUAUCUCAAGCUAGAGAAACCAUAUCACCGAAGUUCAUGAAAUA